AUGGAAUAUUCAUCUAUUCAAUUGAAUCAUUUAUCAGAUGAAAUUCUUAUUUAUAUUUUUAAAAAAUUGUCUAAUGCAGAAAUAGUUUAUUCUUUAUCAGGUGUCAAUAAACGAAUAAAUAAAAUUGUACAUGACUCGAUUUUUACAAAUGAUUUAUCUCUUCUAAUGUCUACAUCGGAUGAUUUGCUUUAUUCAUUACCUGAUCUAAUACUUAAUCGAUUUUGUUCACAUAUUUUACCUUCGAUUGAUCAAAAAAUCGAAUGGAUUCAUCUUGAAUCAGUUUGA